CCGAGAGCCCAUGCGCGUGGUUGUGGGUCUCCCCUUGGUGGGGUGGGGUCUCGCGCUAUGCGGGGCGCGUCACCCUGUUCCCGAGGCGUCACGCUGCAAAGGUACAAUGAAUUUGUGCAUAAUACGGAUUUUAGUGGUUUGUUUGCAGUCUUAUUUAUUUAGUGGGGCAGUGACGGAUGAAGAUGCACGAGCAGGGUGCAGAACAGCAGUGAAUGAUUUAGUUUUCAUCAUGGAUGGCUCUUGGAGUGUGGGAUCGGAUGAUUUCGAAACAGCAAAGAUGUGGCUGAUUAAUGUUACAAGUGGAUUUAAUAUUGGACCUGAAUAUACACAAGUGGCUGUUAUCCAGUACAGUGAUACUCCACGUCUGGAAAUUUCAUUUGACCAGUUCCAGACGAGUAAACAGCUGAUUGCUGGAAUAGAAAGAAUUAAAUAUCUUGGUGGAAAUACUCAAACAGGCCGUGCUAUUAAAUUUGCAACUGAGUCUGUUUUUCCGUCUUCACAAAGGACCAAGAUGGCCAGAAAUAAAAUUGCUGUUGUUGUCACAGAUGGAAAAUCUCAAGAUGAUGUUAUGGAUGCCUCUGUUGAAGCACGUGUAAAGAAAGUAAUUCUAUUUGCCGUCGGAGUUGGGUCAGAAAUAACAGAAUCUGAACUUAAAACAAUUGCCAACAAACCAUCUACAACCUAUGUUAUGUUUGCAGAAGAUUAUAGCACCAUAGAGAGAAUUAAUGAGGCUAUGAGGCAGAAGAUUUGUGAAGAAUCCGUGUGUCCCACAAAGAUCCCAGUAGCUGCACGUGAUGAGAAGGGCUUCGAACUAAUGUUGGGCUUUAAAAUACCUCAAAAAGCUCAGGAAAUGACUGGAUCAUUAACAACCCAAAUGGGUUUCCUAUUGUCUGCCGAAAUUGAUGUGACUGAAAACACCAGAGAGAUAUUUCCAGAAGGCCUACCUCCAUCUUACGUAUUUGUUGCCACAGUGCGGUUAAAAAGUCCAACCAACAAGAUGAAAUUUGACUUGUGGAGAAUCCUGUCCAAAGAAGGAAUUAUGCAAGCAGCUGUCACGCUUGAUGGAGAACAACAGGCUGUGUUUUUCACGACUACCAGCCUGAUCGAGGAGAUUCAGACUGUGGUAUUCAAUGAUAAAAGACUAAAGGAAUUGUUCGAUGAGGACUGGCAUCAAUUAAAGCUACUGGUACUAGAAAUGAAGGUCACUUGUUUCUUAGAUGAUAUGGAAAUUCAGAACCGAAAUCUUGAGCAAGUUAUUCCUAUAUACAUAAAUGGAAAGACCCAGGUGGCUAAACUUGUGAAAAGAGAGACAUCUGUGCCUAUAGAAAUACAGAAGCUUAGACUCUACUGUGACCCAGAGCAAAGUGAUCGGGAGACAGCAUGUGAAAUCCCUUCUGUGUGUCCACCUGACAGAAUGGUUCCCAAGACAGUUUGUGAGUGUCCAGCAGGUCCACCUGGUAUUCCUGGUCAACAAGGACUGAAAGGUCAAAAGGGAGAACGUGGCAAACCAGGAAAAUCAGGAACCAAUGGUAUACCUGGACUACUUGGCAAACAAGGUAUUCCAGGCUUACCUGGACCCCCAGGCAUACAGGGUAAACCUGGUUUGCCUGGACCCCAAGGGGAACCUGGACCAAGAGGGUACAAAGGUGAAAAAGGACAACAGGGUGUUCCAGGAGAACAGGGGCCUUCAGGCACAAAGGGAGCUGAAGGAGCAGUGGGACAAGAUGGAUUACCAGGAGUUCCUGGAAAAAAGGGUAGCAGAGGUGAAAAAGGAAAUCCUGGCUCUCCUGGGCAACAUGGUCUUUCAGGAGGGCCUGGGGUUCCAGGAGUAAAUGGACAUCCAGGACCACCUGGUUUAAAGGGGGAUCAUGGUAACCCGGGUUUGCCAGGAGGAGAUGGACGCCAUGGACCGAUGGGCUUUCGAGGUCUUCCUGGGGCCCCAGGACCACAAGGACCUAAGGGACAGAAAGGUCUGAUUGGCCAAAAGGGAGCUGAAGGGCAUCCCGGGAUACCGGGUAAGCAAGGAUAUCCAGGAUUACCUGGGCAUGAUGGACAUCCGGGACCCAAGGGGGACGUUGGUGAAUGGGGACUGCCAGGACUCCCGGGACGUCCAGGUUCACCUGGUUUAAGAGGAGAGCCUGGAAUACCAGGCCAGUCUGGAUCUAUUGGGAUUCCUGGACCAAAGGGAAACAAGGGGGAAGCAGGAAAUCCUGGGAAGAAAGGCAGCCAGGCUGAGAGAGGUAGAGAAGGGCCACCUGGAUCCCCAGGUCUGCAGGGACUUACUGGUGCCAAAGGAGAAAAGGGAGAGAAAGGGAACACGGGACCAUCCGGUGAGAGAGGGAUCAAGGGCAGGAAUGGUGAACCCGGCACAAUGGGCCCUGUAGGACCUCGUGGACCAUCAGGGCAUAAUGGCCCAUCUGGACCGCCUGGUGUCCCUGGACUUCCUGGGAAACCUGCAACGCCUAUCACAGACGAGCAUGUGAUGAAAUUAUGCAACAACAUACUUCGCACUCAGUUGCCAUCACUGCUUCAAAGCAUGAGACCAAGUUGCCAGUGUGAAGGAAUUCAAGGAGCUCCUGGACAACCUGGUGCUCCGGGGCAGCCAGGACAGAGGGGAUUACCUGGAUACCCAGGCCGAACAGCCAAGCGAGGAUACAGAGGGCUACCUGGUAUGCCUGGACUACCAGGAAUGAAAGGCGAGCAGGGGAUAAAGGGAGACAAAGGUAUGAAGGGUGAAGAACACCUAGGGUUACCAGGUCCACCUGGACAAGCAGGGCUUCCCGGGCUACCAGGUCCUCCUGGUCACGGAUUUCCAGGGGUGGAUGGGGAGCCAGGGAGAAAUGGAGCACCAGGAAAUCCAGGGAAGCGUGGUCCACCAGGAAUGCCAGGCAUCUGCGAUGUAUCCAGCUGCUACAAUUCCUAUGACAGUAACCAAAAUCCAUACAUCAAAGGACCCAACUUCUGAGGGUGAGGAAUAGUUUGGUGUCUGUGAGCUGAAUCUCAAAGUGUCAUCUCAUGUGCUGCCGAAGAGGAGGAACCAGUCUCAGGAAACAAAACAACCAUCACAAUACCAGUCAGCCAGUUAUUAGAGGUUCCAUCUUUCAUCUUGGUUUGCUACUGAUUUCAGAAUAUUUCAAUAUAAACAUUUUAAACACAUGGCGUGCUGUGCAUGUAUGUUUAUCUUCUGGCAUUUUUAAAAAUAAAUUUUGAUAACAGCUUUAUUAUUAUCUGUGUACAUCAUUUUUGCAGAUUUAAGUGGAGUGUCUACAAUGUGCAGAUUUUCAGGGGGUAACUUUGAUCUUGGCAAGUUGAGCCUAAUGGUUCACCACAGUAGAACUCACUGAUUAUCAUCUUAUUAAAACCAAUGGACAACUGAUCCAGUAAUAAAUGAGUCAUGAUAUUGAAUGUACCCAUUCUAGAUUCCCAAACUUAAAUCUUAUUACUUUGAAAUACGAUGAAUUCUGGUUAAUUAGGCCAUUCGGUUUAUCAGGGCAGCUGGUUAUUUGGGACAACUCUUAAAGAGCAAAAACAAAUGGAGAAAAUUGCUGAGAUUCCCUUCAUUUAUUUGGGACACUAUGCUGCUUG